AUGUCUCCCCGAUCGCUUUUGACAGGUCUCCUGGCCUUGUCCAGCACCGCGUUCGCCGCCGCACUCUACCAACGCUCCUCCGAGUCCAUCACACCGCCAGACGGCUGCCCCAUCCCCAACUGGACCGUCUCCAACUUCAAAUGGUUCAAUGGCUCUCACAGUUUAGACUGUAUCCACAGCGAUGUGGACAAGAACACUAAGGGGUGUCUCUGUGGCCGGGCCUGGUGCGAUCCGGACCCCACGACCUGCAACGGCUCAAUGGUGAAUGUCUGCUGGACCGGCAUGCCCAAUUAUGAGCCCUGGGGCUAUGGUCCCAAACAGACCCUCGACAUUAGCUUCGAGGAUGGUCUGACCUGCCACGAUGAGUACAUCGGAUACCGCAUCCACGAUAUUGCUCAUGGCGAGAGCAAUUGCGGCUAUGCGGAUCGUGGUGCUGGGCGCAUUGUUGCGUUCUACGGCUCCUCAAACGACGACAGCUCGAUCGGCCAUAUGGAUUAUACCCUCGGCAGUGGACAUUCUCUGAAGUGUGAUAAUGGAAGUUCUAUUACCUACUCCGGAAGUGUCGAUUUCCCUCUGACUUGCGAGCAUGAUUCGUAUUUCAAUGCCACUUGCACAGCGCCGGUAUUUGAAGUCCCGGUCUUGAGUUACCAGUGGGUUUAA